AUGUCGACCACGCAGGCUUCCACACGGUAUAACUAUACAUCCUCACAUCAGAAGUAUUGGACUGACAGCUUGGAGAUGGGAAAGAAAGCCAAGGCCCAGCGCAAAUUCGAGCGCCAGCAGGCUCAACAGACCCAAGAGGCUCAGCAGCAUAACCUGAAAGAGGAAUCCAAAACGCAAGAACCACCUCCGUUCGUCGGUCAAGCCCUCCUCGAUGCGUUAGAAAGAGAGCCAAGCCCACAUGUUGGGCAAGCGCUUUCUAAUGCUUUGGAGCACCAGUUGGCCAUAAACCCCGUGCCGUCCAGCGGUUCUACCGACGCUACCUUCACAGCUACGAACUCAGCAUCCGUCCAGAAGUCAGUGCCCCGGCGAGUUCCAGUUCAGCCACGCCCGCAACCACCGCUUCCAUCACGGCCCGCCGCAGGGCCAGUUCGUGGACACGAGCAUAAUAACGGCUCUGCGGCUGCUCCCUCUCUUCCUCCGCAGCCUGCGUCAUCUCGCUAUGAGCUUCGUAGCAGGCAUGCACACCCUGUUACUGGGCAGCACAUUGUGGAGGGCACCAAUGCACACAGUCAUGGCUACUAUCCACAUUAUCCACCGCUGCUUGGUCAUGGUGGCGUGCACUAUCCUCAGCCCUCGCAGCUUCCACCACAGGCGCAACCCGUCUGGAACCCGCAAGCGCCGCCCUUCCAGCCAUUUUACGGCCAGGCCCCAGGGGGCGGUGUUUGGCUGAAUCCGCAGGGUUAUGCACCACUGCAGUCGCAGAUGUUCCAGCACUUCGCCCAGUACACUCCGUUUGAUCCCCUGCAGUCAGUACAGAGCCACAACAGCGGUCACGUCUGGCGCAUUGACAAAAACCUUAGGUUCAGCAGAGCAUAUUCGACGUCAUCCACUCCACUCACCUCAUCACUGCCGGUUCAGCCUUCGACCGCGAAGCCAAAAGACAAAUACGCAGUCGCCGCAGCCAAAAGAGCCGCCAAGAGGGCCAUCGCGCAGGGCGUCCCAGCGCAAGCGGUUCCACAGGGGCUCGAUUUCCGUCGCCCAACGCCAGAACGAAGCCCAACCCCCUUACCCGUACCAGCCCCCACCAAAAGCUACCUCGACCAAGCCUCCAGCGAGCCAACGACCCUCAGCACGCCACAGCCGAUGCUCUUCAUCCUCGACCUCAACGGCACGCUCCUACACCGCCCGAACCGCAAAAACCCCACCAAAUUCGUCACCCGCCCAUCCGUGACCCCCUUCCUCGACUACCUCUUCGCCCACUUCACCGUCAUGGUGUGGUCGUCCGCGCGACCCGAGAACGUCUCUCUCAUGUGCACCCAGCUCUUCACCCCCGCGCAGCGCGCCCUCCUCGUCGCGCAAUGGGGCCGCGACCGCCUCGGCCUCUCCCCACAGCAAUACAACAACAAGGUCCAAGUCUACAAGCGCCUGAGCCAGAUCUGGGACGACGACGAUAUCGCACGCGCCCAUCCGGGGUAUCUGGAUGGGGAGAGCUGGGACCAGUUUAAUACGAUUCUGUUGGAUGAUUCGCAUGCGAAGGCGAGCUCUGAGCCGUGGAAUCUGGUUAGAAUUCCGGAGUUUGUCGGUGCGAAGGAACAGCAGGAGGGGGAUGUGUUGAGGCAGGUUGUGGGCUAUUUGGAGGUGCUGAGGGGGGUGGAGAAUGUUAGUGCGUUUGUGCGCAGGACGCCGUUUGUGGUGGACGGGGGGUGGGAUUGGGUGUGGCCGCAGUGA